AUGGUGGCGAGGCGAGCGCGCGCGUCAGUCCGCCGCAUGCCGGCCUGCGCGCCAGAGUACAGCCGCCUCGCGCGCUCCAACACGGAGCUCGUCUUCUCGCCGCGAAUCAAACGAUGCUCACAUCAACCUCCGCCCAACUUCACCGCGCUCCGCCGCUCUUUCUCAUCGACAUUCUCGCUCAUACCUGAAGAACGAGCUAUCUCUCCGGAACGGCCGCCUCCUCUACCAUAUUUGCUACGAGUCGUCACAUGGGGACCGAGACUUUUCCUCAGACCGUUCUUCGCUCUUUUUAACUUGAUCUGGCACCCCGCCUGGAAACAAAUCCUGAUCGUGCUGCCGACACUGUGGAUAGCGGCAUCGUUGUUCAUAUUUUGGAAGUGUGUGCAGACCCCAAUAGGAGUAAUAAAAAUGAUCGGACGCGCUCUAAGUUCAGAAAGCCCUAACAAGCCGCGUACCGUCCUUAUCAGCGGAGGAAGUUCGGUUCAAGCGUUACAUUUGGCAAGAAAUUUCCACUCGGCUGGCGCCAGAGUGGUAGCCUUUGAGAUCGAGGGACAAUUUUCAUUACUCAAAUAUUCUGCAGCAGUGGACAGAUUCUACACGAUACCGAGACCGAAUCCGGCGGAUCCAUUGGCAUAUGCUCGAGCGCUAAAAGAAAUUGUCGAACGUGAAACUGUGGUGUUCUAUGUUCCCGUUAGUUCAUCCACUCCUGCUUACUACGACGCUCUUGCAAAACCGCACUUAGAAAUAGCGGGUUGUCAAUGUUUUGUGCCGUGCGCCCGUGAUGUCGUUACACUAGACGACCCAGUCGAGUUGAUACGCGUGUGUCGUGCUGCUGGUCUUCCAACACCACAUUUUUGGGUAGUGGUGAGUGAAGAAGAUGUUCGUGCGUGGUAUGACAGCGGCGCGUCGAAGGAAGGACGCCACUUUAUAGCCAGUGCAGGCGCCCGUGGCGCAAGGGAUCGAUUGCGUUUCGUGAUGCCCGAGGACAAAACACAUUUCAGAUUCCCACGAGAAAUUAGCGCUGAAAAGCCAUGGGUUAUAGUGAGAGAGCCGAAAGGAGAACGCAUUAUCACUUGUACAACUUUGAAAGAAUCUCGAGCCGUCAACAAUGUGACAUGCCGCGUGGAUUCUACAAGGAAAGGUUUAGUGCCACAAAAGGAUGAAGAAGCAGAUGCAUGGGUGCAAAGAUUUGUCUCCAGCCUCGCCCCAGCGAGGCCUAUGACUGGACAUGUAUCAUUCAGGCUUGUGCGUGAAGAAAGUGUCACAAAUGGACACAACAAUAAGCUAGUAGCCAUUGGAGCCCGAGUAGGAGUAUCAUUGCCAUACUUGUGCCAAGGACCAACUCGCUGUGGCCACACCGCCACUGUUGGGAAGCUGCUAGAUACAGUGCUGGACACACGCGAAGCUCUUUUCGCGUUCUGGGAUCCGCUGCCGUACUGCGCAUACUAUCAGUCUCGGCUGCCGGAAGAAAGGCGACUGCCUCCCCCAGAACCGUGCAAGACGCCUCCGAAUGUGCCACUUUGAGAAUUUAUUUUUUUGCUCAAUAGGAUAUUUAUUAAGACACUCAAGUACCUGAAGAGUUCGUGAGUGGGAGUGGUCUCCGUUUGUGCCACAUAUCAGAAGAUAUUUGUUUUUCUUAACGUGGCUUGUGCAAUGUCAAGCUCUCCGUCAAUUGUCCUUUGGCGCGAAUGCAUAUCAAGUAGUACAGGGGUCGAAGGACGAUAUGACAUGUUUGUAACUACUAAGUAGAUUCGAUAUAAGUAUGUGUAAUGUUGAUACCAAAUAUUAUUAUUAUAGGUUAAAAUAAAAAUGUUAAACUCA